AUGUCUACAGACACAUCGAUGGAACUCGUCAAGGCGAAAUUAAGUGAUUUAUCUCUUCUUCUCUUACGAGCUGAAGGAAGAAAAUACGGCAUCAUCCUACCAAGUCAAGAUAAGGAUAGAUGGAUAGAUGAGAUCUUAGAUCACAUAAUUAGACAAGAAAAGCUGCAAUUAGAAAAAAAUUCUGAGCAAACAGAGACGACAAUGAAGGAACAAAACCCAUCACAUUCCGAUGUAUCAGGUAAUUUGAAAGAAAAUCAUCCUAGUUCUAAUCUGUCUUUUAAAAUUGACUCACAGGACCAGGCAUCCACAAAUACACAGCCUCAAUCUUACUCCUCGUUGAAAGAACAAAUAGAAUUGCAAAAGGAACAAAUGGACCAGCAAAAAGACAUGCUGCAACAACUAGUUAAGCAGCAGUACAUCAUGCAACAAAUGUUCAUGUCAAUGUCCGUCUCAAAAACUUCUACGCUAGAACAGCAGCAUCAAUUGCCUGUUUCAAUGUCGCAGCAUCACCUGCCUAUUUCAACACAGCAUCAAUUGCCUGUUUCAAUGUCGCAGCAUCACCUGCCUAUCUCAACACAACAUCAAUUGCCUGUUUCAAUGUCGCAGCAUCACCUGCCUAUCUCAACACAGCAUCAACUGCCUGUUUCGAUGUCGUAA